GUCUCUCUCGCUCUCUCUCUCUCUCUCUGACCCCUCUCUCUCUCUCUUUCCCCUUUCUUUCGGGGAGACUUGAUAUCUCUGGCGGUUUGCCGCAUGGAAGUCGCCCAGGCAAGGCAGAAUAUCUUCUGUCUGAUCUGGACUUCUCUUCAGUCUGGACCUUCUCUUCAGUUGCCGAGCACUGCACGAGCAGACACAACAGCACACUCACAUUUAGUGGGAUUCAACGGGAUAUGACGGCAUUUACCCGCUGACCGAAUGACAGGAGAGUCUAAAUCCCGGCUUCAUUCCUGCAGUGAGGGAAUAUUUCUUACUCAGAUGUAACAACCAAGCGUCAAGUGCGCAAAAGCCGCAUCUUGAAACAUUACGCAGCUAUUCUAUACUAUUUCUAUAUUGUUUUAAUCCCUCGAUCCCCUGCUCGGACAAACCGGGAACCGCAGGUGGGGGGGCGGGGGGGGUUCCACGGCAUGGAGUCCUGAUUUUACCAAGCGACCCGCCGGGAGGAAUGAAACUGAGAAAACCCGUCGCCGUGGUGGAAUAUUAACAACCUAAUCCUAUAAAUACAACAGCAACGGGGAUGUUGAAGCAGAGUUUGGGACUCUAGAGAGCAUUCCAACUUUAUUCGUGUCCGUUUUUAGUCUCUUUUCCUCUCGUCUCUGCCUGUGGGGACUUCUAUUUUUGUGCCUGAUAUUGCAGUAAUUCACCCCUCUAUCAUGGACCGGUCGACGUCUUUGGAUAUAGAGGCGCUCAAGAUGACCCAGGAGCAGUAUAUCCUUGCGGCACAGCCCAAUGCGCUUCACCAGCGGGGGGCGUCGGUGUGCGGCACCCAGGUUUACCCAGCAGUGGGAAUCUACGGCUGGAGGAAAAGAUGCUUGUACUUCUUCAUACUCCUCCUCCUCGUUACCAUGAUCGUCAACCUCGCGCUGACCAUCUGGAUCCUCAAAGUCAUGAACUUCACUCCGGAUGGAAUGGGGAAUCUGCGGGUGACCAAGGAAGGUGUCAGAUUGGAGGGAGUUUCCGAAUUCCUAUUGCCUCUAUAUGUCAAAGAGAUCCAGUCUCGCAGGGACAGUCCAUUGAUUCUUCAGUCGGACAGAAAUGUGACGGUCAACGCUAGGAAUGAUCAGGGACAACUGACUGGUCAGCUAACCGUGGGUUCAGAAAUGGUAGAGGCUCAGUGUCAGAGGUUUGAGGUGAGGAGUGCAGAUGGAGAGAGAGUUCUGUUUUCUGCAGAUGAAGAGGAGAUCAGCAUCGGCACCGAGAAACUUAGAGUCACAGGGAACGAAGGUGUGGUGUUCAGCCAUUCUGUAGAGACAUCGCAUGUAAGGGCAGAACCCUUCCAGGACCUAAAGCUGGAGUCGCCAACUCGGACCCUGACCCUGGAGGCCCCCAGAGGGGUAGAGGUCAAUGCUGGAGUGGGAGACUUUACAGCGUCCUGUAGGAAAGACCUUCUCUUGCAGUCCUCAGAAGGAGAGAUCUUUCUAGAUGCCAACACCAUCAGGCUGGGCAACAUUCCCCAUGGCAGCGCUGUGGACCCCCUGGAGGGGGCGCCAGCAGGUACUACCUACACCAAACAGACUGUGUAUGAGCUUUGUGCCUGCGCUAACGGCAAGCUCUACCUGUCCCCAGCUGAGAAAGGCUCUACCUGCCAAACAACCAGUAACUUUUGUCUCUGGAGCUGAAAUUGGGAGGUCAACAGACACCCAGGACACAUGGACUAUUUUAGAGUUUGAAGAUAAUGCUAGCCAACGGACUGAAUCACCAUGGAUUAUGGCUUGGUGGGAAGCUAAUGCCAGCUAACGGACCAAAUCCACAUUGAUGCAUGGGGAGAAGUUCAUGUCUGUUAACCAAUCAAAUGAUAUGGAUUACAACUGGGCAGGAAGCUAAUGCUUGCUAGCAAGCCAAAUCAACAAAAGGACUGUGGCUUGGUGUGAAGCUAGUGCCAGCUAAAGGACUGAAUCAACAUGGACUGGAGCUCGGUGAGAAACUUUUGCCAGCUCACCAACCAAAUUAAUAUGGAUUGGUCAGUUGCUAAUGCUAGUCAAGAGCUAGCUGGUGGGUAUGAUGCUAUGAUGCUACUCAUGGACGUCCAUGGCCAGUCUCACUCUGGGUCUCUCGUUGGCUGUCUUUGCUAUUGUUGAAUUGCUGCCAUGAAGUUUUCUGAAAGUCACAAGGAUUACAUUUUGGGGUUUCCUGAGAACAGCAAACUCCCUUACUGGAAAACUCCUUGUUUUGUUAGGAUGAACAGAUAUGGUGAUGGACUGUAAACACGCCAGCAGGGACGUGGAGAAGGACUCAGUUGGCUAUUGGCUAUCAGUGUGGACUUUUGUUAAGCCUUACAGGUAGUUAACAAAUAAAUCAGACAGUGGUUUAGUCUAGUGGGAAGCUAAGGUUAGCUAACGGACCAAUCUAUACCAGAAAGGCCUUCCCCCUCUCCUCCUCUAGUCUCUUAACCCAAAUGUUGACAUUUGACCGUUCUGUAUUAAUCUGCACCUGAUAGUGAAAAUGCUGUCCAACCCCACUUUUCAUAAGAUAACUAAUGCAAUUACGGUUUUCAAUUAACGUUGAAUUCACCAGCUUUUCCCCCUUAUAUUUUAAGAUUUUUCUAAUUCUCUCUUAUCUUAUUUUAGUUAUCUUUUCUGAAAUAUCUUACUUGUUAUUUCUUGGAAACCUGUUGUUUUUCCCUUCAACAUCCUUGUAAUCCUUAUUAGUACGAGAUGCAGGGUUUCUCUCCCUCACCACCAAAAGACGUGUCUUUUGGUCUCUGGAGUCAUUCUAUCUGGGCAUGUGAUACUCUCUUGCCAGACAGAAACAACUGGAGUGAAGAAAAUGAAAAGUGAGUUAAGUCUUACCUUAAAUUAAGG